AUGACAAAGCCCAAACUGACAGUGGCCUGCCCCAAUCCGACAGUUAAAUCUGUUAUGAAACUUUUUUACAUUCUCAUUUAUUUAGAGAGAAUGGACCCUGACAGCGUUUUGAUUGGAUUGGUGAAAAGAAUGAUACACGAUAAGCUAGAGACAUUACCUCGAGCAUUCAGGGACUGUCCAAUAGAAGAUUGGUGUGGGAGGAACUACGGGGGGAGUAAUGUGCACCGUUUCAAAGCCUCAUCUCAAAAGAGAUCAGCUCUCUUUUAG